AUGGAAAAGAAAAUCUUCUGUGCAAUUUUGGCUUUGUGUACGAGACUCGUCAUUAAAAGCAUCGCUCGAGAACAAAGAAAUCAUUUUGCAAAAAAAGAUGUUGAUGCUGGAAUUCAUGUUGAUAUUGAAGACGCCGAAGAAAUUAAUAAUCUAGAUAAUAUCAACGUUUUAUUAGUGCCAAUUUACCAAGAAUUUAUUAUCCCAUCGACAUCUCAAAGUUGUGCAGCUGAAGAAUUGGCGGGAAAUAGUGAGGUUAAAGUUGUGUAUACCGAACCUUUUAUGGCGUCCGUUGAUGUACAACAUAAAUUUUAUCCUGAUCAUGCGGAAACUGAUAAAGAAAACGAUAUUGAGGGUAUUGUUAGAAAACAAUUGAGUGCGUGGAUUCGUAACCACCGGGCCUAUUUAAAAACACAAGCCGCCAAAAGAGAUAAAGAUGGAAAGAUACUUUCAAGAGCAUCCGUAGAGGUGAAAGAAAUAAAUCAAAUAGACGACGCUGAUAUCCAAAGAGCACUGAGAGAACUACAAAAAAAUCAUAGCGAAAGAAACUUACCACACGUGAAAAAGUUAUUAAAAAUAACUUUGCCUCAAAGACACCAAUGGAUUUAAAAUGAAGCUAAA